AUGGCGAUCUCCUCCAUUCGCUUCUCCGUCCUCGCUCUGACGUUCGGAUUACUCGCGGCGGCCUCCUUCGCCCAGGCGCCCGGAGCAGCCCCCACGAGGCCCCCCACCGCCGCCCCCGUUAGCCCCAGAACCCCAACACCCGCCCCGGUCUCAGCCCCCGCCGGCACUCCCCCGGCCUCCACCCCGAUACCCUCCACCGCUCCGGUCGCCUCCCCCCCGGCCCCUCCGACAGCUAACACCCCCUCGGGCUCUCCCGCGGGCUCCCCGACCACCACCAUCGGCGCCCCGUCGUCCGAGCCCCCCUCCGCCCCCGGGGCUGACAGCGCGGCCGCGGCGCCCGUCGUCAGCUGGAUCGCGGUCGCCGCUGCGGCCGCCGUUGCUUGCGCGUUCUAG